AUGGCGCCUACGGGCAUGGUUCUUGGACUGGUGGUUGGCAUCUUGCUAGCAGCUGGUCACCAUCUGUUCUAUGCCAGCCUUUCCGGAACAGAGGCACCAACGGGCACACUAUUCAGUGUGAUUGGUGCUGAUGUCUCUCGUCGACAACUGAACACGGCUGUUGGCACAGCAUUCGCCUUCUUGGUCAAAUCCGCCCUCAUGAUCACUGUGUCAAUCGCUUUCGCCCAGGCCUUUUGGCGAGCUAUCAGAACAUCUAAGCGAGGACCGACGCUGGGUAGCCUCGACAAGACCUACUCUCUGCUCGGCAACUUCUUAGGAAUGUUCGCACUUGGCGUCUGGAGGGAGUUUACAACGCCAGCGCUAAUUGCCCUGAUCGCGUGGUGUAUUCCGAUCGCAUCGAUCAUAACUCCAGCCACUUUGUCUGUCCAGACUGCUUCGGUAACACCAACCCCCACAAACAUGUCGACGGUACGCACCCUCGAUUUCACCACCCUCGACUUCGCGGCACAGAUCCCCGAGAGUCCAAGCGGCUUUUGUUUUAACGGUCCGAGCCAACCUGUGCAGCGCAUAGCAGCUGCAGUCUCAGCACAGGGCCAGAUUUUGUCGAUUCCUGCGCCCAGCAGCGCCACGAAUGCUUCGUACAAGCUGGACUUCUGGGCGCCCUCUUUGCAAUGCAACAAUAUCACAGGACCGGAGCUUGAUGGCAUAUGGAACAAUAUCCACAACAACUGGGGCAAUGUCUCCGACUGGACUUAUGCUCCUGGCUACCUUGCAUGGACCGGUGGGAGCAAUAGCUCACUGCCCUUUGUCCCAAGUGGCCCAGCCAACAUGUUCAACUUCCAGUUCCAGCCCGCUAGGUCAGUCCCCGGCGAGACAUGUACCUUCUUCGGCUCCGACUCGCUUAUCUACAGCUAUCUGGUAGCUGAUGACGUCUGUAUACCUGGUCUCCAGCCGCCAGAGUGCCUUGGGCGACAGGCAUGGCUCACCGGAUCGACGUUGUUAAAAUGCGAUCUGCUCAAUUCGUCCUACUCCGCCGAGUUCACUUACACCAACGGCAUACAAAGUUUCAACGUCUUUGUUGGCCCUCUGACUUCUACGGCGAUCACGCUCGAGGAAUGUUUCAAUGUUGAUGGCCAAGAGUCUGAUACCGCACAUACAGUAAAAGUGGCACGCCGCGACCAACGCUCCGAGCUAGGUCCUGACCUGAUUCGAUUGCUCUCCUACCAAAGCAUUGCCCAAGCAUUCAAUCAGCUCCUCUUGGGGUCUGUCACAAUGGGCGGCUACUCUUAUCUCCUCGGCAAUCCAUAUGGCGACGAUAUCGCGGUCAAGACUCCAGGUGUCCAGAUAAACUCAAGCAUAACGAAAACGGUACUCAUGGACACGCGAGAUCUGGCAUUUGUGUCUCAGUUCAAUGGUGUCAACGAAACGUUCACGAGUCUGCAAACCCGACUCAACGCACCCAACGAGACGCAGCAUCGAGGCGUUGCCAACCAAAUUCAGACAGGAACGCGAGGAAGCCUCAAGGAUACUCUAGAGGGCCUGUUCCAGAAAGUUAACAUCAGUUUACUUGCCGACGACUAUCUGCAACCUAACUAUACCUCAUCGUUCGCACCAGCCAAUCAAGGCAAAGCUCUGGUUACCUACGUGCAGUACCACAACAUUUACAUCUACUCAGCCAAGACUCUCUGGGCAGCAUAUGCUGCCGCGGUAGCGCUUGCUAUCGUCGUGCUCGGCAUCGGUCUGCUGUCACUAGCCCUGAACGACGGGUCUUUCGCGAACGACUUCUCAACAGUCUUGCGAGUAGCCAGAAGUGCUCCCAUGAGCGACGAGAUCCUACCCCAGGAUAGCGACGGACGGCAGCCUCUACCAAAGCAUCUGACAAAGGCACGGGUCAUGCUGAGUGUGAAAGGUGUACCAUUGACCGACAAAGGAAGCAUGGCGGCAUCAGAUGAAACUAGAAAUCCCACUGCAGAAACUCAUCUCCUUCCCCAAGACGAAGCUGCGACAUGA